AUGCAAAGCAUGCAAGAUCUCACUUCUAUGUUACAACAAAACCAACAAAAGACCGAUUCGGAAAUCAAGGCUUUGGAACAAAAGACCGAUUCGUCUAUCAAAGCUUUGGAAAUUCAAGUGGGGAAAUUGGAGACCGAUGUGAACCUAUUGAAAGCUCAGGCAUCCACAAAGAUUCCUUCACAACCAUUUGUGAAUCCAAGAGAGAGUGUUAAUGCAAUUUCCUUGAGGAGUGGAAAACAAGUGGAGCAACCAAAUCAACAAGAUAAGGUGCAUGAAGAGUUAGUCGAAUACAAAGAGGAAACCACACCAAAGGAUAAUUCCAAGGAACCGGUUCCUACUUUCACCACUCCACCCCCGUUUCCUAGCCGAUUUUCUAAGUCGAAGAAAGAGUUGGAAUACAAGGAUAUUUGGGACAUCCUUAAAGAAGUACAAGUCAAUAUUCCACUCAUUGAAGCUAUUCGACAAAUUCCUCGUUGUGAAAAGUUCUUAAAGGAGUUGUGCAUGAAGAAGAAAAGAUUGAAAGGGAAUGAAUUCAUGAGUGUGGGGAAGAAUGCUUCGGCGUUCAUUCUCAAGAAACUCCCACCUAAAUUAAAGGACCCCGGUAGUUUCACCAUACCUUCACAAUUGGAGACCGGAGUAGUUCUUGAACUUGCUAACCGAUCUAAUGUUUACCCGAAAGGGAUUGUUGAGAAUGUUCUGGUGCAGGUUAGUGAGCUUGUAUUCCAGGCCGAUUUCUAUGUCUUAGACAUGAAUGAUGAGAACUCUCUGAAGUCUAAACCUUUGCUAUUGGGUAGACCAUUCUUAAGCACCGCUGGAGCGAAGAUUGAUGUCCAAAAUGGAACCUUGACUAUGGAGUUUGAUGGUGCAGUCAUCCACUUCAAUAUCUUUGAGACGAUGAGAUACCCAAGUGAUGUGAAGUCAUGUUUUCCCGUUGAAGAGAUUGAUGCGGGCUAA